AGUCUGCUUCGAAUUCAAAGGGUUACGCUUAAAACAAAACAGGUUAGUUUCAUGCAGUUCGGAAGACGAACGUCCUUCUAACUAAAAUUUUAUAGCCUUCAAAAGCAUCUCGACGAGUUUUACCCGCCUUUUUUUGGAUGGUUGUGGAACUAUGACCUUGAGACCGUCAUAAAUGGGCUGAAGAGUGAUUUUCGAUGGGACUUGGGUGCGGUACGUUCGUAGUGGAGACUAUUCAUGGUCACCGUUUGGGCGAAAUUCGCAAUGUCUCGUUGUACAAGCUUUGAUGUCCGUACAAGCUUGUUUUUGAUGCAAUUAAACUUUCGUAAACAAGCACGUUAAAGAGUCUCACGUUCUCUCUCUUUCUUCAAUGUCAUGGCUGCAAGACGAAUGGACAUUUCAUCGCUACUCUGCGACGACAACGGCAACAAUGACAACGACGACGAGCAACAGUCGUCGUCCUCACCAUUAAUCUAUCAGCCUGUUAUUCUAGCUCCACAUCUUCGUGGUAAACACGCACGACAGGCCCCAACUCAUAAUUACAUACCAGAAUUAACUUCACCCAACAUGCCACCAAGAACUAUCGAUGCCCUACUGCACCAUCCUUCACCACGUCCAGAUUCUUCUCAUUCUCAUUCUUCGGUAAACGCUCUCCUAAAUCCAGUUCGUUCGCCUUUCGUCAGUAUUCCUCUUUUAUCACACCCUUUAUCUCUUAAUCCUACACAGUCAAUGUCACAUCCUCGAACAGGUCUUGAUGCUCUCGUCCAUGCUGCAUCAGAAGAACGAAGGCGCAUAAGCGCAGGUUCAUCAACAAGUGAAUCUAGUACAAGUCCAGUCAGCUUACCCCCUCCCCGCCCUUAUCCAUUAUACAUCACAGACGACUCACCUCGUCCACACAAGAGAAUAAGAGAAUCUCGCUCUCCAACUCCACCACAACGCUCAGCCCCAAACCCAAGUCCAACAACAAGCGCUCUCAGCUCAAGUCUCACAGGGCCCGGAAUCCCACAUUUAUCUUCUCCCUCCAAUAUACCCUUGUCAGGCCCAGGCAUAACACCUCCACACUAUCACCCACCUCUACAUCGUUCCCCCACAAUAGCACGCCAUUCCCCUAUCGUUCCCACCCGAAUGUCACCCAUCGUAUAUGCCGCAAUGCGCUCUGACGUCCCCCGUCUCGGCAGGGCGGUAUGGGAUGAAGAGGAAGUUGACGAUAUCAGAAGGCGUGAAGAACCCCUCAGGCAGGAACGCCAGCACGAUAGAGAUGACUACCAGCUACGGCACAGACAAGAGCCCGACCCCCACCAGCUAGACUUCCAACUGGAGAUCCGUCAGCGCCAAGAACUGGAGAUCCGUCAACGUCAAGAACUCGAGCUCCGUCAGCGUCAUGCAAACGAAAUCAUUCUCAGACAGCGUGAAGAGGUCCCUCGACAACAAGAGCUCGAGCGCUGGCAGGGUGAGAGUGUUCUCCGCGCACAGGAAGACUCUGCAUGGAAAGUAGAAGACAUGCGCGGGCGGAGAGACACAUUGCAUCAAUCCCCCCGGGAAGACUCUCAACGUCGUGACAGAUCCUCACAUCGCCAGCCAUCUCUACAUCGCCCAAAACGUGAUACCUCUCUACAUCCCGUGCGCGAUCCCCUCCUUCACCCAAAUGAUAUGGACCCUCGAUAUCGUGAACAGCUGAUGAGACAGCUCGAUCAGGAGCUUCAGAGGAGGCAGGAGAUAGAGCGGGAGUUGCAGCGUCAAGAGCGUGAGCGUCGGCAGGGCGAGGAACUUCUUCGACAGCAAGAAGAGGCCGCUGCUCGGCAGGUAGAGGAGUUAAGAAUGCGUCAGGAACAACGCCGGCGGGAGGAAAUAACUUUGAGGCAGAGGGAGGCAGAGGCAAGGAGGCGCGAAGAAGAAGAGGUCCAGCUGAAGGCCAAGGCUGAGAACGAACGCAUUCGUGCGGAAGCCGAGCAGCGUCAGCGUGAAGAACUCACUCGAAAGCGGCAAGAGGAGGAAAUCGAGAAGCGACGCCGCCAAGAAGAGCUCGAGAAACGGAGGGCGGAAGAGGAGCUCGAGCGCAGACGACAGGAAGAAGAAGCCGAGCGGAGACGACAGGAAGAGGAGAUUGAGCGCAGACGCCAAGAAGAGGAGGCUGAGCGCCGACGCAAGGAGGAAGAUGCCCAGCGACGACGUGUCGCAGAGGCUGAGCGUCAACGUAUCGCAGAGGCUGAGCGCCAACGUGUAGAGGCUGAGCGCCAACAUAUAGAGGCUGAGCUACGUCAACGUGCAGAGGCCGAACGAGCAGAAGCCGUGCGCGCUGAGCUUGAGCAUCGUCAACGCAUUGAGCGCGAACAGCGCCGCCGGGACGAGGAACAUAAACGCCAAGAAGAGCUCGAGCGGAUGCAGCGCGAGGUGAUGUUGCAUCGGCAACGAGAGGAGGCUUUGCUCAGGCAGAGAGAAGAAGCACGCAAGAUCCGGGAGGAGGAAGAUCGUGCGCGCAGGCUGCGCGAACAAGCUGAGAGGAAAGAACGGGAAGACCUUGAGCGCAAGCGUCUUGAGGAUCUCGAACUACAGGCUCGGCGAGAAGAGGCCGAACGCAGACAGAAAGAGGAGACCGAACGCAGACAGAAGGAGGAAACCGAACGCCAGCGUGCAGAGCUCGAACGCAGAAAAUUGGAGGAACUUGAACGCCAGCAGCGAGAAGCAGCCGAGCGAUUGCGAUUAGCUGAAGAGAUUCAACGCAAGGAAAGGGAAGCCCUCGAACGUGAGCAGCGGGAGGAGCUUGACCGCCAACGAUUGGUGGAGGAACAGCGUCAACGAGAGGAGCGUCAACGAGAGGAACAGGAACAGCGUCAACGAGAGGAACAAGAACAGCGCCAACGAGAGGAACUCCAGUGGAAACAACGUUCAGAAGCCCUGCGACGACAACAAGAAGAACUUUCACUUCAACAGCAGCAGGAACUCGAGCGCCGACAGCAGCUUGAGCAGAUGCAUUUGGACGAAGUCCAGCAGGACGAAGAUGUUGAUACGAGUCCAGACGCUGUGGAAGGCGAGGACGAGCAGCCACAGCCAUUUAUACCUACCUCCACAUCCGGCUCCCCGACCAUCCAACCUUCGCCCGAUGAUACCGCUGAACGUAACUUGCCUCCUAUGUAUCGUGGUAAGACAAAGGUACAUUCUCCAACGCUUCCGCUCUCCCAGCCAAGUAAGGUGGAGGAGCAAGAGACGCGCCUUCCUUCUCCCGUCCACGCCACUGCACCCUCCGCGACGGAAGGCCCACAACCCCCUUUAUAUUUAUCUUCCACUCGUGUGUCUCCUACUCGUCCCUUCCACUCUCCCAUACACAAACCCGACCCCUCUUCUAUGGAUGUGGACGAGGAACUCCUGAGUCUCAUCGAGGAUCGCCCAUCAUUAAAUCACAAAGCUUCGCGUCUAAAACCCAAGCCGUCACCUUCUCCACAACGCCCAUCUCCUCCAGAUGACGAGCUCAUGCCUCCUCCCCCUGCGGCGCCUAUCAAAAAGAAGGUAGAGCCAGCAAAGGCCGGGAAGAAGAAAGGGAUGGCUGCUCCUAAGGUGAUAUUUUAUUUUAUUUUGUAGUAUUCAGAUGACCCAUUUUCGUGUCAUAGCCCCCUCCGAAACCCAAGCCUCCACCAAAAGCGCGUGCAAAACCUCCUCCAAAGACGAAAGCCAAGGAACCCACGCCGAAAGAUGUUCUCAAGAACAGUCUCUUUGCAAAGCAUGCUGCUGCCUCACGGUCACG